AUGACUCCGUAUCUUCCCCAGGCGAAUAUCACUGAAAGGGUGAAUCGCAACCUUAAGAGCAUCCUGGUGGGACUAACCUACAAGCAUAAGGAUUGGGAUGAGAGUCUACCUGAGUUGGCCUUCGCAACCUGGACGACGGUGAAUAGGCCAACAGGGUUCUCUCCAGUGUACCUGAACUUCGAGAAAGAGAUUAGUUUUCCGAUGGAGAACGUGCUGAGACAGACCACUUCAAUUGCUCGUAGCCUGUCGAAGUACGCGAGCGAGUUGCGUAGACGGCUCUCGGACGUGGUGACUUGCGCAAGAGAGAUCCUAGACGUCGCUCGCACUGAUCAGGCGCUUCAGUCCGAUAAGGGCCAUCAUGCCCUGUCGCACGAAGUAGGGGAUUUGAUCAUAAGCCGAACGGAUCCAUUAAGCGAUGGUGCGAUGGGUUUCGCAGCGUCGUUGGCUCAGCGUUGGGAGGGGUCAUUUCGAGUAGUGUCUUGGGUAUCCCGCCUGACAUAUCGAAUCCGCCGCAUGGAAACGGGGGAGGAGGCUGGUACCGUUCAUGUUGGUGAUUAA